AUCGAGGCAUUGAACAGCAGACUGUCCGCUCGUACCCUCUCUUUCUACACGCUGAAGGAUUGAGGCAUUGAACCGCAGACUGUCCGCUCGUACCCUCUCUUUCUACACGCUGAAGGAUUGAGGCAUUGAACAGCAGACUGUCCGCUCGUACCUCCGGCUACACGCUGAAGGAUGAACCGCAGACUGAGCGGCUCCGGCACGGUGACUGACGGUGACGGAGAGGAAUGGCGGCGCAGGGAGGCAUCUUGUUCCAGGAGAAGGUCAGCAGGUUGCUCAGCAGACACAACGGGAAACCAGUGCUGAAACCAAACAGGACUCUGGCUCUGAGAGAUGAGGUAGCGAACCGCAAACUCAAGAAAGGAGAGGCCACCUGUAUCACAGAGAUGUCGGUCAUGAUGGCCUGCUGGAAGCAGAACAACUUUGUGGACGGUCUGUGCUCUAAUGAGAUGAACUCCUUCUACUCCUGUGUUGAGAAGGCUCAGGCCGCGAUGAAGAGUAAAUCUGAACAGGCCGUCCUCAAGGGAGGGCGUCUGCACCCGAAACAAGCCAACACCCUGCUGAGGAGAUAUCCCAACCUGCGCACGGAGAUCUAAGAGACAGACUUAUCAACGCAGAACUUUUUUCAGGACCUGAAAUGUCCAGGAUGCCAUCAUGUGAAGGAGUUGUCAGCUACUGUAUGAUUCAACAAUAGGAUUCCAUAUGCAUGUAUUCAAUAAAUAAAGGAAGGAGCAGAAAAAAAACCACGCUGCACCACUCCUUUCACAGUCUUUGUAUUCACAACACACUGUGUUUUAUGGUCUUUUAUAAAAAAAUGAAUUUGUCCUCGUGUCCUCAAUUGGCUCUGAAGAGCACGAUGCCAUUUCAUCUCAAUCCAAUUUAGCAGAGUGGUCUCAUUAGUGAACGUGAUGGAAUCGUUCUUCUCGGGUUUCAUGGCUCCUGGCUGGGAGUUUACCGUAAUCUCUAAACGCUUAAACGCCUCGUCAUUCAUGUGGAAACAGAGAUUGUUGCCUUGGCAGAUGUUGAAAUAAAAUCAGCAGCCUAUCAGACCGAUAGAUUACCGGUCAGCAGUC